CGUAGAGAGAGGUUUGUUUUCAGACCAAAUCACCUUGACCUUCUGGAUAAAUGUUUUGCUGAAGAGAAUUAUCCAUCUCUAAGGCGGAGAGAAGAGAUAGCUCGGACUUGUAAUCUGACAACGGAACGAAUCACUGGCAGGCCGCUGUCUGAUAAGGAGAGGGUGGGCGUGCAUACAAUCUCCAACUGGUUUGCCAACAAGAGGAAGGAUCUCAAGAAG